CAGGUUUAGGCAUCAGUCAGGCAUUUGAACUUGUCAGAGAAAGUGACGAAGAUCACAGCGCAAAAAUUAACGAAAAAUACUCAAACAUGAAGGCAAUCAGUGUCGCAUUGUAUUUCACGAUACUCGCCGUGGUUAGCGCUCAAUCAGGCUACAAGUAUCAACAAUCACAAGUCGGAUUAUCUGCACCCAUUGUACCAGCUGUAAGUCAUCAGCAUCAUCAUCAUCAUCAUCAUACGGUACCGCAUGCAGGUCCAGCUGCACCCAUUACCGGUCCCAUUUCACCACCAGCACCGCCAGCACCACUACCACAACAACCAAGCGCACUUUACUCGCCAGUGCAGUCACCACCAUUGCAAACAUUCAGCCCACCACCAUCGAUUCCAUUGCAACCACCAGCACAAGAAAUCCAUUUGCCAGAGCCACAAGCGCUACCACAACAAAACUACUUGUCACCGCCACAAAACGGUGGAGUGUCUUCAAUCUCACAGAACCAUCAGCAACAAUUUGUGCAACAACAAGUGGUACAGCAACAGGCGCAAUACGGUGCUGCGCAACUUAGCCAGCCAAUUCAGCCCCAACCACAACAACAGCUGGGUGGCGGCGCUUUCGGCUUCCCUUCCGGCGGUCAAGGUGGUUUCCAACAGAACUUCCAAUCAUUCCAGCAACCACGAACACAGACUGCCAUCAUCACUAAGGAUAUUUACAUUCACUCAGCACCCGAAGACCAGGAAGAGGCUUUGUUCGGACAACAGUUCGAUAAUGCCCCAAUUCGCAAGAAUUAUCGCAUUGUCUUCAUCAAGGCACCAACACACAAUAUAAAAUUGGCCGGCGCUGCUUUGAGACAAGCUCAGAAUGCCAAUGAAGAGAAGACCAUCAUCUAUGUGUUGUCGAAGAAACCCGACUUGUCCGAGGUGCAACAGCAAUUGCAACAGGCUCAAGGUGAACCGAAAACACACAAACCUGAAGUGUACUUCAUCAAGUACAAGACUCAGGAGGAGGCUCAACGCGCCCAACAGGAAAUCCAAGCUCAAUACGAUGCUCUUGGUGGUUCUACGCACAUUUCCGAUGAGGGCGUUGCUCCCCUUACAUCAGUCUCAAGCGGUUCUCUGAAUUUGGGUGGCAGCAUUGGCCAGCAACAUUCACAUUCGUCCUUCGUGCAGCAGAACUUCCAAUCGGCUGGCAACUAUAAUUUACCCAACAACAAAUACUUGCCUAUCAAGAAGAAGUAAACGGGUUCAUUAGAACUUUCAGAAUUUUACAAUAUAAUUUAGUUAAUAGUUUUUAAGUCACUCAUACAUUCUCCGACUUGUUCAUGCAUUUUCUCUUCAAUCUAUACAAUCUAUUAUGGCUUCUUUAUUACUUUUUCUUCUGAAUCAUGCGAGCCCCACAAUCGUAUCAUUCAUUCGCCCUUCACACACAAAUAGUUUGUAUUAAUUUAUUGAAUGAAAUAAACGAAAAUAUUUUUUGACUUUAUAA